AUGGCCAUCACUAGGGACGCGGAGCAGGAUACGCACUUUGAUCCAUCUGCCUGUGUGGAGGUCUGCAAAUCGCGGUAUCCCAACAGUCCACCCAAAGAGAUUGUCGCUGCAGUUCAUGGACCUCGUUGUGGCUGUCAUGUGGGGACACUUCCAGAGACCUUUACGGAAGUGGAUGCCACCUACUGUACUUACACCUGCAAGUUUUAUGAGAACCCCAUCUGCGGGGGUCCGCCCUCCUUUUGGGGCGUCUUUGUGCAGUUCGACUUUCAGGCUUACUCCUCCCAUGGUGCCUAUGAUCCCUGGCGCAAGAUCUGGUACACGGUGGUUGUCGUGAGGGAGGCAACAAUCAUAGGCCAAGAGGCUUGGAAUCCAGACUUGCAGUUAGACCCGGAACGCUAUUUCCUCCAUGCUGCUUCAGUGCAGACAGGACAAGCAGCGUCAGUGAUGUGCAGUGCUUUGAAGCUGGAAAUGCCAGAUAAGCCGUCAGAGUCGCCUGAACAGUUCAGGGACAGAAUGGUCGAAGUGCAGACAGAGUUUCCAGAGCGCAAGCACGACUAUGGUUUUUGCAGACGUGAGGCCUUGAUAAGGAUGACAGGUGAUGCUGCGAUGGCAGAGCGUGUCUUCGCCACGUGGCACGCAGCGAGAAAUGCACCGAAGCUCUUCGAAGGUGUCGAGCCCAUGCUGCGGCGCCUCAAAGAACGUGUGAAGCUCGGUACCUUGACAGAUGGAAAUGCCAAUCCCUUCACCAUCUGUGCUUUGAAGGACAUCAUCGACUUCCAUGUCAGUUCCGUGGAGGCUGGUGCUGGAAAGCCUGACAAGCGCAUGUUUCAGCUCUGUGAGGCCAAAUCUGGCUACUCAGCGGAGGAGUUGGUCAUGGUUGGCGACAGCUUGGGCAAGGAUAUCAAAGGUGCGCAAGAUGCAGGUUGGCGUGCCAUUUGGGUCCAUCCGCCCGCCUGCGCCGGGAGUAGCUUCGACAUGGCAAGCGUCGAUAAGUCAACUCCCAGCCUUUCCGUGGAGGCUGAGGUGGACCGCGUGGCAGAGGUGGAGGAGAUUCUACUUCGAUGGGGAAGCGAACGACCAGAACGACCAGAACCUGGUGGGAAGCUCUAA